AUGGCUACCCCCAGUGUUCUUACAUUUGACACUGAGGGCGGUGCUGUUGACUUUGAGGUCUGGGUCGAUGACCUCCAGCUGUUCCUCCAGUGCGAUAGGGCAGACGGCCUCUCUCUCUUUGACCUCACCUCUGGUGCCUCCCCUUCCCCGCCAGCUACUGUUGACAGCACGGUUCGCUCACAGUGGGCGACACGCGAUGCUGCUACCCGUUUUGCUGUGCGUCGCCACUUACCGACCACUAAGCGUGCACACUUUAGCCAGGACCACUUCCUCUCAGUUUGCCCCACCACUCUCACCGUUGACCUCCUCGAGAAGGGCCUCCUAGCAGCAGAGAAGAGCAUAGUCGCUGUAGGAGCCUCUCGUAGUGACCCUCGCACCCCCAUCCUUGAGGGGUGUUCCCCCUCCCCCCUCUUGCCCUCUGUUGCUUCUGCUGCUGCGGCCGACCUCGUUGGUUUCGAGUCGGUCGGCGCUGCGUCUGCCCCUAGCGGGAGACGCCGCACCGGCAAGGGCAAGGGGGGCAAGGGCGCUGGAGGGGCUGGCGGGGGCAGUGGAGGUGGUGGUGGGGGCAGUGGAGGGGGUGGGGGUGGUGGUGGGAGUGGUGGCGGGGGUGGCGGCGGCGCCGGCAGCAGUGGAGGCGGAGGAGGCGGCGGUGGUGGAGGAGGGAGCGCAGGCGGCGGAGGUGGCGGAGGAGGCGGAGCUGGAGGAGGCGGCGGAGGCGGCGGCGGCGGCGGUGGUGGAGCGGGUCGCGACUCUGCGCAGAGGAGUGGGUCAGGUGGUGGUCCGCGCCGGCAGCAGCGGAGUGGUGUGACCCUGUCCCCUCAGCAGCUUCGUGAGUGGUACGCUGCGCGUCCGCGCAGUGGGGGUACUGGUCCCUCCACUUACGUCCUCCGUACCGGCGACCGAGCUGGUGCUGGUGAGGCUGCUGCUCUAGGUGCUAGUGCGUCUGCUGCCCCAGGUGCUAGUGCGUCUGCUGCCCCAGGUGCUGGUGAGUCUGCUCUCUCAGGUACUACGUCGGCUCAGGCCUUCCACACCUUCACCCUUGACUCGGGUGCGUCUCGCUCCUUCUUUCGAGACCGCACCACUAAUACGCCGCUCAGUCGGCCGGUUGCAGUCUCCUUGGCGGACCCCUCUGGGGGUCAUGUCCUUGCUAGCUUCUCCACUGUCUUACCAUGCUCGGCAGCCCCCUUUGGCACCCUGUCAGGCCGACACUUGGCCACGUUCACCCGUCGGCCAGGGUCGAGCCUGUACACCCUUACUACUGAGUCUCCUCCGGCUGCUGAGUCUGGACAGGUAGCUGCGUCGAGUCAGGUGUUUGCUGCAGCGUCCAGGUCUGGUCCUGAGUCUGCUCCCUGCUCGUGUCGUCUACUGUCCCACCAGACUCUCGUCUGGCACCACCGCCUUGGUCACCCCUCCCUGCCUCGUCUCCGCGGCAUGGCCUCCCGAGUCCUUGUCUCUGGUCUCCCUCAGUCUCUUCCUCCCCUUCCUCCGAGGCCUGGCCCUACCUGCAUCCCCUGCGUCGAGGGGCGACAGCGCGCCGCCCCUCACUCCUCUGAGUUUCCUCCGACAAAGGCUCCGCUACAGACCCUCCUCAUGGACGUGUGGGGCCCCGCCCACGUCCGUGGGCAGGGGCACGAGCGUUACUUCCUGCUGGUGGUUGACGACUACUCGCAUUACACCACAGUCUUCCCCUUGCACAGCAAGGGUGACGUCAAUGAGGUGUUGUUCGACUGGAUCCGCGCAGCUCGUCUCCAGCUCAAGGAGAAUUUUGGCUCGGACUUUCCUGUUCUGCGUCUGCACUCGGACAGAGGCGGGGAGUUUUCCUCUGCCUGUCUAGGAGCCUUCUGUCGUGCACAAGGCAUCCACCAGACCUUCACGCUUCCAGCCUCUCCACAGCAAAAUGGGAUUGCUGAGCGCCGCAUUGGCAUGGUCAUGGACGUCGCUCGUACGUCCAUGAUGCAUGCGGCUGCCCCCCAUUUUCUGUUGCCGUUUGCGGUUCAGUACGCAGCUCAUUAG